AUGACGGAGCAGCCCCUUUCGGCCACGCUGUUUCGAGUCCUCAUCCUUGCCGCCGGAAUGGAGGCCAACCCUGGACCUCUCUGUGGCCUUGCCAAAGCUGUCGAUUCGUCGCCCGCCUUCACGUGUCCCAGCUGUUCCGUGCCCCCACCGGUCUCUACGCCUCCCGCCCGUCCUGUUCUGAAACCAAAUCAUCUGGUCUCCGACAUUGCCUCACCGCCUGAUCUUGAGAUCCUCCAAUUCAAUGCCAACGGCCUGCUUGGCAAGCUUGACAAGCUUCUGGUCUUCAUGCGUUCGCACAGCAUAGCUGAAGCGGUGCCGAUUGCUGGCACCAGUCGAUCAUUAUCCCUCUGGUCAAAAUGGGCAAGGACAUCAACCUAG